AAAAGUUGCGAAAAUGUGUGUUGUUGAUGAGGCGCUUUGCAAGUGACUUUUCCCUUAUCAAAGUUGACUUGCGAAUAAAAUAGACGAACGGAGCUAGCGUCGACUUCAAUUUAACUCCUGCCAUCGAAGUCGAUGGAUGUGACUUGGUCGCGCAUUUUCCCAAUCAAUACUCUCCUGUUGCCUCAAUUUUCUCUGGUUUUCCCCCGUCAAUAAAGUUCGCCCAAUUCUGUGACACGCAGAACCAAAACGUGGUGUGUUGGAAGAAAUUUGCCAAGCUCUCUUUGAAUUUAAACAAAAAAAAUAAAAUAACAGUGUACCGGAAAAAUCAGGUGAUCACGUUUCUACUCUUCAACAGCCAACCAAAUCAUCCCGUUUGCUCAACUUGGAACAACUGCACACACCAAAGCAGUUGCCGGGUGACCGAACAGUUCUAAAAAAUUUUUUGGGACACAUCCCCAACAUUCAGUGCGAUUUACUCCAAACGCCAAAGAGGAUAAAACUAUUUAACCUUUUAGCCACAUAUUAACUGUUGGGUGAAAAUGCCGCCAAAUGCCACAUCAACUACGACGUGCACGGGAGUGCUCAAUGAGAAUGAUGCAGAGACCGUAGAUGGAGGAUUGUUGGAGGACAGGACACAUCUUAAGUCAGCCGAAAAGAGGCGACUCAAGCUGGUCUGGAGGAAUAUCAUUGCUUUUGGAUACCUGCAUCUUGCCGCCCUCUAUGGAGCCUACCUUAUGAUCACAUCCGCCAAACUCUACACAAUCCUCUUUGCAUUUGUGCUCUAUGUGGUAUCUGGUCUGGGAAUCACUGCUGGAGCCCAUCGGCUCUGGGCACAUCGAGCAUACAAAGCAAAACUACCUCUGCGCAUCAUCCUCGUCAUCUUCAAUACAAUCGCUUUCCAAGACUGCGCCAUGCACUGGGCUCGUGAUCACCGAGUUCACCAUAAGUUCUCAGAGACAGAUGCUGAUCCCCAUAAUGCCACCAGGGGCUUCUUCUUCUCCCACAUCGGUUGGCUUCUGUGCCGGAAGCAUCCCGAGGUGAUCGCUAAAGGACGCAACCUGGACAUUUCUGACCUCAAGGCUGAUCCUGUUCUGCGGUUUCAGAAGAAGUACUACAUGCUCAUGAUGCCCCUCAUGUGCUUCAUCAUUCCUACACUUGUUCCGGUAUUCGUAUGGGGUGAGACGUGGCAGAACUCCUGGUUUGUGGCUGCAAUGUUCCGGUAUACCUUUGUCCUGAACGUCACGUGGUUGGUUAACAGUGCAGCUCACACUUGGGGAAGCAAGCCCUACGAUAAGACCAUCAACCCAUCUCAGAACAGCUCAGUUGCUAUGUUUGCAUUUGGAGAGGGAUGGCAUAACUACCAUCAUGUCUUCCCCUGGGACUACAAGACAGCCGAAUUGGGCAACUACCGUCUCAAUUCAACCACAGCUUUCAUUGAUUUAUUCGCAAAGAUCGGCUGGGCAUACGAUCUCAAGACCGUGUCGUCGGACAUCAUUGAGAAGCGCGUGAAGAGGACAGGGGAUGGAUCUCACAAUUUAUGGGGUUGGGGUGAUAAGGAUCAAGAUCAAAUUGAAAUUGAUCAUGCAACUAUUAUAAAUAAGAAGGAUGAAUAGAUUUCAUGUUAAUUUUUUGCUAAUUUUUUUCAAUUUUGAAUUUUCGGUUUUUCAAAAAGUAAACUCAACAGAUUACAAUCAUUGAGAAAUUAAAUUCUACUGAUCAAAAAAGAAGUAAUUAACUAAAAAAUAAAACGCAAAAAGCAAAAAUAUUUAUAAUGAAUGUGAAAGAUGUCAGAACCCAAUCACUAAAUGGUGGAUAUUUAUUUCUUUUUUUUUCUGCUGAUUGUGUGGGACGAAUCAUGAAGAUCGAUAGGAAUUUAUUCAUGGUUCAUCUCACACGAUCUCCCAUCAGUAAAUCCAAAUGUGACGGUUUUCUUUUUUCUUUCAUUUAGUCAUAGUAAACACUUGCUGUGUAGAAAUUAUAUGGAAAACCUAAAGAAAAAAUCCGGAAUAAUGGAAAGAAGCACAGAAAAAUGGCGGGAAUAGGAAAAACCGCAAGAAAAGGGCCCAAAGUGCCACAGGAUAUUGCAAACUAAAAAUGUUUUUAAAUGAAAGGGUUUUUUGUGUGAAAAAUUGGGAUAUUCAGUGGAUUAUUAUUGAAUAAUACAGAAAAUUUUUCAAUUUUUUUGAUCAAGAGCACUCUUCAAAAUUAAAAAAAGGAAUAUCCAAUUUUGUGAAUAUUUCCCUCAAUUUGUAUUUAACCACUCAGGAAUUUCACUGAAACUCUUCGAGCUUUUCUCAAUAAUCUCACACAUUUUUCUACUGAUCUAAUGAUACUCUAUACACUUUGUCCCAGAGGUAUUCAUAACCUAUUUAGAGAGAAAAUAAUAUAUUUUCUACACUAUGAAAAUUUUACAAUAAUUUUCCACUAUAUUCCGCGAGGUAAUGGAGAUUAAGUGAAAAAAAACAACAAAAUAAAUUUGCCAAAAUGAGGAGGAUAACCGAGAUAUUACAAAAAUAAUUAUUUAUAUGUAUGAAUGUAUAUAAAUAAAUGUUUGUAAAAAAACAAAGAAGAAAUAUAACGUAAGAAGAAAAAGAAUAAACUGUGUGAAGAGAAUUUGAAAGGAGCUGGAUAAUGAAUAUAGGAUGAAAUAUUUUUUGAAUAAAAGAAAAAACUCAAAAGAAUUAAGAAAAAAAAUAUUUUUUAGCAAAAACCUUGCAAUUGAAAUAUUUGGAAUGAAAUUUUACAAAAAAAGGCGAGAAAGUAAUUUUUUAUAGGAAAAAAAAUUACACAAAGGUAAAUGGAACAAAUGAAAGGGAACGCAGAAUUACUUUUGCCACUGCAAACAACUCAAAACUUCAUACGUCAGAACUAAGUUCGAUCCCACUUCUGAAAUUGCGAGACGACUGUUUGCAAAACAAAAGAAUCUGUGCGUUGCUCAUAAUUCUUCAUUUCUAUUGUAAGAAUUUUUUAAUAUUAUGAUAGUUAGGCAUGUUGUAAUUGUUAGAAAAUCUAUGAGAGAAAUCUCAGAAUGAAGGCCUGAGAAAGAUCCUCGAAAAUUGGCGUGGGAAAAAAUGAAUUUUCUAAAAAAAAAGCAAAAAUUUAAUAGUGAAAAAGACAAAACAUUUAGUGAGAAUUUUUCUAAACUUUAUUAUUCAUUUUUUUUACAAUCGGGGAGGAUAUAGAGGACUGAGACAGCGACUGGAUUUCGAAUGCUAUAAAGAAAAAAAACAAAAUAUGUAAAAGAAUUUGUGGAUGGAAUACGUGAAAUCAAGGAUUCUAUUUUCUACUUACAAAUGAUAUUUUCAAAGAUUUUAUCCGGAUCAAAUCAAUCCCAGUGAUGAAAUUAAGUUGUGUCGGUGUUUAGAGCUUUUUAACUUUGGAGACAAAACAAAAAACAAGAAAAACAGAACAGAAGAAAAUAUAUUCCUUUUGUGAUAAAUCAUAGAGAAAUAAAGUUUUAUGGAAAAA